CAUUGGCUGAAAUAACAUCAUGUUUUGCAUUAACAUAUGAAAUUUACCCGGAUGAAAGGCUUUACCAUAGUCCUAUCUAACAAUGAUGAAAUUCACAACAAAUCACAUCGACCAGUGGCUAACGUUGCAGACUGUUAUCGUAUUUAUAUUUCAUUUUUACCGUCGCCAAAGAGGAUAUGUUUUUGCUUCUGUUUGUCUACAUGCUUCGAAUCUAAGUCUUUGAAAGACAUAUUUUUGCCGUUUUUCCACCCCUGUCGAUAGUUAUAUUAUUCCUGAAUGGAUGGCUCCCUAUGAAAAGUUCGUUCCCUAUGCCACGAACUACUUCUGUCCUAUACGAAGAUAACUGUCUCUUCCCAAGUGCAGCAUACAUGUACGGAAUACGGCUUCAGUGUACGGUUCAGGCCGUUCAUCAGAGUCAUUGAGAUGACAUACUUUUAAUUAUAGGUACAUUUACAAUGGGAGCCAUAUGUUGUGUUGCUGGACAUCCAAAGAAGUAAACAACACAGGUGACGAAAAAAGAAAGGGAUGCUGGAAUGAAAAACAUCAAAAACGAACGGAACAGACAGCUUUCGUUGUGAGAAAAAACUUCCAGGGGAUCUAAUUUCCACGGGUGUUAAACUUUCCAGCAAGGCACUGCGAAGGAUGAACUCUCCAGAAGCUGCGUCAUCCGGAGCUAGUGAUGGGUGCGACUCGUCCAGAGAAAUUCUUUCGAAGGAAAUUUUUGAAAACGCUGAUGUCCAUUCUAUCGUCUUCCCCAAGAAAAAAAUCAUAAAGAACUUAACACUCUUGUGUGUGGCUUUUGUUUUUAUGUUUGCAGCAGUCCAAUCCUUGUUUGCGCUGCAGAGUAGUUUAAACAAAGAUGAAGGGCUGGGAGUGUAUGGUCUUGCCAUUGUCUCCAUUGCGGUGAUAGUGUCAUGCCUAUUUGUUCCAUCUCCCAUGAUAUCUCUUCUUGGAUGCAAAUGGACGAUCGUCACGGCGAUGUUCUGUUAUGUACUCUACAUUGCAGGAAAUUUCUACGCCGUUUGGGGUACAAUGGUGCCGGCCUCCUUAAUCAUGGGGCUGGGUGCUGCACCCCUGUGGGCUGCCAAGUGUACAUAUUUGACAGAGUUAGCGCUCCAAUAUGCAAAACUGACUGGAGAAACCGCCACUGCCGUAGUGAAUAGAUUUUUUGGCAUUUUCUUCGGAUGCUUUCAAACAAGUGUCAUGUUGGGUAAUUUCGCAUCUUCUCUGAUUUUGAGUCAAAAACCGGAGAACGAAACAGAAAUUUCCAAAGAACUUCUCGACAGAUGUGGCGCCUCCUAUUGCACGGGAGAUGAGGAUUUGGGAAAUGUGACACACGCAGGUCUAAAAAGGCCACCGGCAGAGACAAUUUACACUCUGUGCGGAAUGUACGUAGCAAGUGGGGUAGUGGCGAUCUUAAUACUUGUGACAUUUCUUGACCGACUGGCCGCACACCCAGAUACACCAGGCAAGAAACGGCCUCUGAUUUCAGUGCAGCUUCUCACGGCCACGUUUCAACAAACGAGGAGACGUGAGCAGCUUCUGCUCAUCCCUCUCACCCUGUAUAGUGGGUUGGAACAAGGAUUUAUAGGUGGAGAUUUCACAAAAAUUUUACAUCGUAUCAAAGAGCUGUGCCGCGAGGAAAUUACAUCGUAUGUGAGUUGCAGUGAAGGUAUUUGGAAUGUGGGCUACGUGAUGCUUUGCAAUGCUGCCGUAGAUGCCGUAUGUUCCUUUGGUUUUGGGAAGUUGGUGAAAGACAUUGGAAGAAUUCCAUUUUUCGUUUUUGGUUCUUUCCUACAUCUGUCGCUGCAAGUGGUGUUUUUAACAUGGCAGCCCACCUCAGACAGCCUAGCUUUGCUGUUUGUGUUUGCAGGACUUUGGGGGAUGGGAGACGCUAUAUGGCAAACUCAAAUUAAUGCGUUAUAUGGAGUAGUGUUUCACAACAACCAGGCGGCAGCGUUCUCUAACUACCGCAUGUGGGAGUCAGCUGGAUUCAUGUUGGCCUACGUCUUCAGUUUCCAGCUCUGUGUCUAUGUAAAGUUGUACAUCCUUAUUGGCACUUUGGCCCUGGGCAUGGGGGGCUACGUCACAGUGGAGGCCUUGCAGAAGAGGCAGACGCCUGGUCGAGAACUAAAUACAGAGAAGACAUCAGAACUGCCGACAGUGAAGGCAUAAAGUUAUAAUGAUUAUCCCGUUGUGCUUUUAUGUCUGUUUCCUUUUUUCUGUUAGAAGGUUGGAUGAAUGGUAAAAUUCUUACGUGAAAUUUAGCGUAUCCUACAACCACUAAGACUCGAAUUUACAAUACAAAGUGUACGCAACUCAUUGAUAACAUCCAGGGACCCUCUGACCAUAACGUCAAAUACUGCUACAUUGCAAAACAUCAAGGACUGUGUAACUCAAUUCAAUCAAAUCAUCAAGAUAGGUGACUUACAGCUUUCGCUCAUUCUUUCAAGUGCAAGUGAAGUGCUUCUUGAGAAUGCUUCUUGAGCUUCCAACGGUUACAAUUACUGGCCCAGGUUAAAAUCUCCGCUAUUGAAUCCGUGCCACAUAUUGUAGUCCAUAAGCUUUCACCCGCUUUCUUUAUUUCCCCUUGCUCGCUUCCCCUCGUUUCUCCCUCGUAAAGCCACACUUUCUAAACUUCCUUUGCCAAUUGCCUUGAUAACCUGUCCAAGUCCACGGAAUUGCCUCUGGAUGAUGGUUUGGAGUAACGCACGUUUACAUAGUUAUAAUGGUUAGGGUUAGUUUGACUUAACUGGGUCAAAAUCUAGAGCGAGGCUCACCUGCACAAAUGAAUGGGAAGCGGACUCUGUCACGUAACACCGACUCCCCUCUCCAACUCUCACUACCUAAACAGUUGGAGAUUUAGGGGGAUGUCAGAGGGGUCCUGACCCCCCUUCGAUUUCUGAAAAAAAGAUCACACCAAUGGUCCCCUCUUGAAAUUAGAAUUUUGACUAACUGAAUCAUAGCAUUAAACCAUACUUAAGGGCACCCCUAAAAUACCAAAAAUUUCGGGGGCCUUCAGCGGCCCCCGAACCCCACGCCAAGGGGAGAGAGGUGGGGGCCGGCUUUGCAUCUGCGAACCCCCCUUUAAAAUAAUUCUGGAUCCGCCCCUGGGUGUGCAAAUAUAUAUUGAUAGCUUGGCAUAUAAGGGGUGUUUUUGUCUUGAGAUAAAAUGGAUUGUUGGGGUAAAAGAAGCACUUGAAAACAAUA